AUUGCAAUGGAGGAGGCCCCAGAAAGCUUUGGACAGGUGGUGAUGCUCUACAUUAACUGCAAAGUCAAUGGCCACCCUGUGAAAGCCUUUGUUGACUCAGGAGCUCAGAUGACCAUCAUGAGCCAAGCAUGUGCUGAGCGCUGCAACAUCAUGCGGCUGGUGGACCGACGCUGGGCUGGAAUCGCUAAGGGAGUGGGCACUCAAAAGAUCAUUGGCAGAGUUCAUUUGGCUCAGGUCCAAAUAGAGGGCGACUUCCUGCCCUGUUCUUUCUCCAUUUUGGAAGACCAGCCGAUGGAUAUGCUGCUUGGCCUGGAUAUGCUGAAAAGGCACCAGUGUUCGAUUGACCUGAAGAAGAGCGUGCUUUUAAUCGGCACCACAGGCACCGAAACCCGUUUCCUCUCCGAGGCGGAGCUGCCAGAAUGUGCCCGUCUGGCGUAUGGAGCAGAGGGCCGUGAAGACGCUCGUCCAGAUGAGAUGGCUGACAGGGAAUUGGCAGAGGCACUUCAGAGGUCCAUACAAGAAAGCGGACAGCACUGAUGCAUUUGGAGACAGCUGGAGAGGGCCCUACCAACCAGACACUGCAGAUGGACAAACUACCUCACCUCAACCCCCACCAUUUACUUUACCCAGAACCUUACACCAAAUGUCCUCAUCCACCUCCCCAUCCCAAAGCCCAUCUGACCACCACCCCCAAACUGUGGAUCGCUCUCAGUCGGCCCCAGCUGCCAUGGAGCAGGUCUUAGCACCAGAGCAGAGUCGGGACCCAUCAGGUUCUCAGGAGCUGUCUCAACCUUCAUCCCCCACAGAGGCUGCUAGUUCCACAAAUAAUCCAGUCCACCCUCAUCCUCUGCCUGUCCAUAGCAAUUCUGAAGUGCCCCUGGUUCCCAGUCUUUCAGCAGAUGUCCUCCCUACGCAUACUUCUCCCGAAGAUAUAACUAUGUUAUCUCAGUGUCCAGAGGAUGAGGAAUUUUGUACAGCUACAGAGCCUGAUGCUGAACCAUUUGAGGUAGAUAACUCAUCCCCACAUCCAGAGCAUCAUUGUUCCAUUCAACCUAUGGAGCAGGAGACGAUCGAGUCUCACCCAGCCGCUUCUACUGAAGCCUGUGUGGGUGCUCUCAACCAGCCCGACUCAGUUGAAAUGGAAUCUCCUAUUUCCUCCCACAGCGUGGUUCCCUCUGAGAGGGACCAGCCUGAAGGAGAGCGCUGCUCUAGCUCCGACAGCAUCCCUUCGCUGGCAGCUGCUCUGAUGGAGCUCCAUGAGCUGCUGGUAACCAACAACCAUGCUCAGUCCCAGAACCGCAGCUCCUCCUGCUCCCCCUCGCAUCCAUUCACACAGGACACAGACAACCUGGCCACUGAGCCUCUUACCCCCCCACCUGAAAUUACCCAGCCUACCCUCUCCACUGCCAUCACAUCUGGUGCAGAACCAAGCAAUGCCAAAGCCAACCUUGCUGCUUUUGUGUCUGAUGAGGGACCAUCUAACUGUCUUGUGCCUGACCUCUCUGGCCAUGAUGAGCAUCUUGGCGAAGAUGCAGCAGAGACAGUGGUGGAACUAGAGCCGCCUGAACAUCUGGACGGUUCAGGGGAGAGGAGGAUAGGUGGAUGUGGGAUGGAUGAAGCUAGUAUCAUUGGCAUUUCUCAGCCUGAGCCAGAGGCUCCCCCUGAUCCUGUGGGGGACCUGGAGUUCAGGGAACCUCCCGAGGGGCAGCAGGGGAGAGGGGUUGCAGAUGGACAAGCCUCUGGCAACAACACCACAGACACUCUUGGCCCCCAGAGUGAGCAGACUUUUCGUAGCCCUUUGUCGAUGGCAGCGGGCUCACCAGAGGAAGUCCCUAGCACCUCCUCCUCCUCUGUCCCUCCUCUUGCUCAGGCUCCUCCGCCUACAUCUACGGCCCCUCUUCUCCCUUCUCCACUUCCCUUUAUAGAACAGUUUCCAGCGGAGCACAUCCAGAGAAUCCAGGCGGCAGGCUUUUCUGCUCGGGAGGCUGCAGAGGCACUGGAACAAGCCCAAGGGGUUGUGGAGCUAGCUCUGCUGGUGCUACUCGCUCGCAGUAUCACUGUGCCCAUCUAGACUCAUAACCACUCACUUGAGUCCGCAGCCUCCCAACUCGGCGUCUGUCAUAUUUAUACCUUGUUACUGAUCCAGAUGUCUCUGUCCCUUUUUAAACAGGGAGCAUGUUUAAAACACAGGGAAAUGCGGUUUCUUGGUCUGUCAUAGAGAAUGUCCAAGAACAAACAGGGCAACUGGUUAUACUUUUUCUGGAUAUAACAGAUAUGUGAGGUGUGUUUGCAUGCAGAUGUUUUGGUGCCCACCCAUUUCAUUGGUUUUUAGAGUUUUUCGUAUGAUAGUUUGAUUUUUCUUCUUUAGUUGUUGUCCAACAUUGACAUGGUCUAAAAUGCCCAGUAUGCGAAUGGUUCUUGAACCAUUAAAACAUCAUUAUAAUUUCCUUUUUUUGAUAUCUCAACAAGCUAUUGUUAUUCAGGAAUUUAAUUUGUGGAGCAGCUCCAAUUUUCAUCUGCUCCUCGUGCCAGAGUAAACUGUCUGGUGAGUGUCAGAUAUUUUGUUUUUAAAAGUGUUGUCGAUUUCAGUAACUAGGGUUGUUAAUAAUGUCUGCAGAUAAUUGGAAACCCCUAAAUUCAUAUCCAUUAUUACACUGAAAUAUCAAGUGAGCCACAUGUGUGUAUGUGUUGGAAUUUGGUCACAGACGGCAUUUUCCAAAUAUUACAGAAGGUAUCUUGUACUGUAUGUAUGUAUUCACAGUUUGAAUGCUUUGCCAUUUCUUUUUUCAAUUAUAAAACUGUUUUAUCUCCUGUUCAGAAAAUCAA